GUUUUUGUUAACAAUGUUUUGAAUUAAACAACAGAUUACAGUGAAGGCAGGAUUUACAUUUACAAAUGGAACCAAGACAAACAUGGAAAAGGUGUCUUCACUUGAUUUACCUGAAUAUGAGAACCAAGACAAAGGAACAGAAAAGAAUUUUGAUAUAGAAACUGAAAAUAACGACAGUUCAUUUCAUGAAAAUCUAUUAAACCUGUUGCAGGAAACCAAUAACUUAUUGUUUUACCCCAACUUUGAUGGCAUAGGCAAUAUCAGUAAUUGCACAUCACAGCAAAAUAAUGAUUCAAAGGAUUUAAAAUUGUUAAGUUUGCUUGGUCAAAAAGACCUACCAGAAAUAAACAGCAAAAAUAUUGUUACUGAUGUCAAAAUGGAGGAUCAAAUGGAAAUUAAAUCUGAAUUAAAUGAUGUUGUUAUAAAACCCAGUUGUGGAAAUCUAUUGGCUAUAAAUGAAGGUGGAAAUUCUUUCCAUGUAUCAUCUUUUGAGGACUUUAUUCCAUCUAUUGAAUCUGAACUAAAUAAUUGCGAUCAAUCCGGAAACUGUUCUCCUUCAAGCUCCUGUCCACUUCAGAUAUCAAACUAUAAAAUAAACUCUCCAGAUUCUCCACUUCCAGAAGACAAUCACUCUUGCACUGAUGAUAACUGUAUUGUGGUUGGUCCAUGAAACCUCCAAAAUAUUGGAACAAAGAUGAUAUUCAAAACUGGAUGAGCUAUAUAGCUAAAGUGUAUGAUAUCACUUUAGAAUCUAAGAAUUUUGAAGAUAUUACCUCUGGAAAGCAGUUAAAAAAGAUGACAUCCAAAGAAUUUCAACAAAGAGAUUUUAUUUAUGGAGACUGGAUACACAACAUGUUGAAGAAAAUGUUUGAUCAAGUGACUUCUCUAAAUUCAGGCACAUCAAAAGAUACUCUAAGUCCUUUCACAUCCAAGAAUGAAGACAAAUUUAAUAGCUUUUUUUCUAAUUUAUUCAAUGAAAAUUUGUGUACAAUGUCAUUGUUGCCACUGUAUGCCUUCAUUUACGCAGCCCUUAAACAUUCAUUGUUUAAUCCCAAAAUCCUUCGAUGGGAGAAUGAAAAAUCUGGUACAUUCCAAUUUAUUGAUCCAGAAAAGUUUGCAAAACUUUGGGGUCUCACUAAAAACAACAACAACAUGAAUUAUGAAAAACUAAGUAGAUCAUUAAGACAUUAUUAUCCGAAGAGAAUCCUUAAACGUGUUGGAGGAAAACGUUUGAUUUACCAAUUCUUGGAACCAUAUUUCACAUAUCUAAAAAGGAAAGUCAAUUUUAGCAGCCAUUAAAAUAAACAAUAAAAAAUAGAUUUCAGUUGCUGGAAGUGGUGGAAAAUUUUGUAUAUUUUAUAAUUUAGAAAUUUGGUCAUAAAACUUAAAAUUUCGAAGAAAUAACUAUUUUCGUUACAAAACCACAAAAUGAUCAAAUAAAUGCAUGAAUAAAAUUGUUUAGAAUUUUAGAUCAAUAAAUGUUAAA